UAAAAGUGCAGCUGGAUCCGACACCCUCCUCUUUCUUCCCCUCUCUCUUUUUUCCUUCAAAACAUGAAUCUGAUUUCUCUGUCUAUAGCGUGAGUCAGAAAAGCGUUAGGAAGAAGCUGCAACUAAUGUCUGUGAAGGGAGGAACAUGAGGCGAUAGUGAAUGUGAUUUGUUCUGCUGGAUCUGACUCAUCCAGCAGAUUGAAACACCUGCAUUUCUGGAUGUGUCAAUCAUUUCUUUUCGGCUGUUAAAAGAACCUGAAAUAAAAUUUAACACUCCCCCCAUAUAUACCUAUACAUAAUAUCACUGGGGAGGUAAAUCAUCCCUGGUGAACGCAUCUGGCAUUGCAGCCGCUCUUUCCCCAUACACCAAGAUGCACAGAAAGACUAUUACAGCUUGAAAAGACUGCAAAAUGCAUCACACCAAACACUGAAUUGUAUUUGUUUUAUUCCAAAAGAAUUGUCGAUCAAAAUAUUUGCCUCUUUUAUUCAUCGCCAAGAUUCCCCCUCCCCUAAAUGAAGAGGACUAGGAGGCAGUGUCAUUGGAAGGAGAUGCUGAAUAGAAAGAAAAGAGAGGCACUUGACAGCUCAGCCUUGUGAAUGCAGAGACUGUUUCCCUUUUAGCGAGAGACUAAGAGAGUGUGUGUGUGGUGGGUUGCUUUUAUUUUUUUGUUCCUCCUCGCCCUCUUUUUUUAAAUCAGUGCAUCCAGCCAUGGGUUGCCUGUUGAUUUCCUCUCGAGUAGAGAGAAAAGCAAACUGGAAUUAAACUGCAUCGAAAAGUGCGGCUCCACAGACACACACACACACGCAGUGUGAGUGAGAGAGAGAGGAGAGGAUGUGGUGGUGGUGGCGGCUACUGGCCUGUCUUAAAGAAACCCAAGUGUGCAUUUGAUUGAGCACAGCCUGUGAUUUAAAAAAAAAACAAAAACAAAAAAAAAACCACAUCUAUCGCUAGUGGUGACGAGCAGCUGGUGGGUUUCUUAAUCCCCCCCCCAAAAAAAAAAAAAAAGAAAAGAAAAGAAGAGAGGGAGGCUAGUGGCGCGGGUAGAGAAAGGAAACUACAAAUCCGGACACUAGUUUUCACACUGCAAUUUCCCUCCCCUCUUUUUGUUGUUCGGCAAGGAAAGAGUGAGCGUGGAGGAGCCGGCGAGGGGGAAAUACCGAUGGCAGCGAGAUGCAGUUCUCCGCCGCAAGCAAUGCAAGAUUAGAUCUCUAAAUGCAGCAAAACACUCCCUGAAAACCAACAACCCCGCGGUGCAAUCAGACAUUUCACUGCCUCUCACUGCACACGGAGCGGGCUUCUACACAGGCGAGAGACUCUUUUUACCCCCCUCCCCCGCUAUCUCCCCCUCCUACCCACCCUCCACUCCAUCAGUCGCAUCACAAGCAAUGAGUAGCAAAUAAGCGUUUUCUGUUUACGGUCCUGCUUCCCAACAGCCAACUCCUUUUUCUAUAUAUUUUUUUUUAAUUUCUUGGACUGAUCUGGAAAACCACCACUGCCACCGAUCAUUUUUUAUACUCUUUGUAAAUCGGCGGAUAUUAAAGGGGAAAAAAAUCAAACAACCAUUCGGAUCCGUCUAAAGAAAAAGGUAUAUUUUUAUUCUCCUCCUCCUCCUCCUCCUCCAGCUGAAGUUGGGCAGCCUAAGUAACUGUGCGGGGAUUGUGUGGCCGCAGAAGCGCUUGAUUUGAGGCUGCUUUUCUCUCGCUCUCUCGCCCCUCCCUGCGAGCUACAUGCUCCAUUUGCUGCCCCGCAUCCUGUGUCUCUGCAGAUGUUUUAGAGCAACAGGUUCAGCAACUUAAAACACAGGGGUGGGGAGCGGGAACAGAAGAAGGGAGCGGGAAGAAGGCGGCGGAGGAAGAGGGGGCAGGGGCCACCCUGGUGCUGCCGCAGCUGCCACCACCCCCUGGCUCGGGGAUGUACCUUUCCAUUUGUUGCUUCUUCUUCUGCUGGGCUCCUGCCCUGACUCUGAAGAACCUGAAUUAUUCGGUGCCGGAGGAGCAGGGGGCGGGCACGGUGAUCGGGAACAUCGGCAGGGAUGCCCGGCUGCAAGCGGGGGCGGGCGGGCCGGCGCCGCCGCCGCCGGCGGAGCGGGGAGGCGGCCGGGGAGCCAAGUCGACGUUCCGCGUGCUGGAGAACUCGGCGCCGCACCUGCUGGACGUGGACGGCGAGAGCGGGCUGCUCUACACCAAGCAGCGCAUCGACCGCGAGGCGCUGUGCCGCCGCAGCGCCAAGUGCCAGCUCUCGCUGGAGGUCUUCGCCAACGACCAGGAGAUCUGCAUGAUCAAGGUGGAGAUCCAGGACCUGAACGACAACGCGCCCGCCUUCCCCUCCGACCAGGUGGACAUGGACAUCUCGGAGAACGCGGCGCCGGGCACCCGCUUCCCCCUCACCAGCGCCCACGACCCGGACGCCGGCGACAACGGGCUGCGCACGUACCUGCUCACCCGCGACGACUACGGCCUCUUCUCGCUGGACGUCAAGUCGCGGGGCGACGGCACCAAGUUCCCGGAGCUGGUGAUCCAGAAGCCGCUGGACCGCGAGGAGCAGAGCCACCACACGCUGGUGCUGACGGCGCUGGACGGCGGCGACCCGCCCCGCUCGGGCACGGUGCAGCUCAACGUGCGCCUCAUCGACUCCAACGACAACAGCCCCGUCUUCGAGGCGGCCUCGUACGUGGUGGAGCUGCCGGAGAACGCGCCGCUGGGCACCGCCGUCAUCGACCUCAACGCCACCGACGCGGACGAGGGCACCAACGGCGAGGUGCUGUACUCCUUCAGCGGCUACGCGCCCGAGCGCGUCCGCGACCUCUUCAGCAUCGACCCGCAGAGCGGCCUCAUCCGCGUCAAGAGCAACCUGGACUACGAGGAGAGCGGCCUCAUCGAGAUCGACGUGCAGGCCCGCGACCUGGGGCCCAACCCCAUCCCCGCCCACUGCAAGGUCACCGUGCGCCUCAUCGACCGCAACGACAACGCGCCCGCCAUCGGCUUCGUCUCCGUCCGCCAGGGGGCGCUCAGCGAGGCCGCCCCGCCGGGCACCGUCAUCGCCCUGGUGCGGGUCACCGACCGCGACUCCGGCAAGAACGGGCAGCUGCAGUGCCGGGUGCUGGGCGGCGGCGGGGCGGGCGCGGUGCCCUUCGCCCUGGAGGAGAACUACGACAACUUCUACACGGUGGUGACCGACCGGCCGCUGGACCGCGAGGCGCAGGACGAGUACAACGUGACCAUCCUGGCCCGGGACGGGGGCAGCCCCCCGCUCAACUCUACCAAGUCCUUCUCGGUGCGGAUCCUGGACGAGAACGACAACCCGCCCCGCUUCAGCAAGAGCCUCUACGUGCUGCAGGUGCCUGAGAACAACAUCCCUGGCGAGUACCUGGGCUCCGUGCUGGCCCAGGACCCAGACCUGGGCCAGAAUGGGACUGUGUCCUACUCCAUCCUGCCCGGGCACGUGGGCGACGUCUCCAUCUACACCUACGUCUCCGUCAACCCCACCAAUGGCGCCAUCUAUGCCCUGCGGAGCUUCAACUACGAGCAAACCAAGCACUUUGAGUUCCGCGUGCUGGCCAAGGACUCAGGCUCGCCCCAUCGUGAGAGCAACGCCACAGUGCGUGUCACGGUGCUCGACGUCAACGACAACGCGCCCCUCAUUGUUCUGCCUGCCCUCAUCAAUGACACUGCGGAGCUCCAGGUGCCACGCAACGCUGGCGUGGGCUACCCCGUGGGCACCGUGCAUGCCCUGGACAGUGACUUUGGGGAGAGCGGACGCCUCACGUACGAGAUUGUCGAAGGCAAUGAGGAGCACCUCUUUGAGAUGGACCCCACCAGUGGUGAGAUACGCACUUUGCAUCCAUACUGGGAAGAACUCAGUCCCGUGGCUGAAUUGGUGGUCAAGGUCAGUGACCAUGGCAAGCCCAGCCUCUCAGCCGUGGCUAAGCUGAUUGUCAGGGCCUUGGCUGGACCACUGCCCGAAGCUGGUGAGCCACAGGUGAAUGGUGAGCAGCAUCGGCGACCACACUGGGACCUGUCGCUGCCCUUGAUUGUGACCUUGAGUACCGUCUCCAUCAUCCUACUAGCUGCCAUGAUCACCAUUGCUGUGAAGUGCAAGCGGGAGAACAAGGAGAUCCGCACCUACAAUUGCCGCAUCGCCGAGUACAGCCAUCCCCAGCUGGGAGGAGGGGGCGGCAGCAGCGGGGGAGGAGGAGGAGGCAGCGGUGGCGGGGGUAAGGGCAAGAAGAAGAAGAUCAGUAAGAAUGACAUCAUGCUGGUGCCCAGUGAGGGGGAGGACAGCAGGGGCCCCCUCAAUGUCAUGAACGUAGUGAGCAGCCCAUCCUUGGCCACCUCACCCAUGUACUUUGACUACCAGACCCGUCUGCCCCUCAGCUCACCCAGGUCCGAGGUGAUGUAUCUGAAACCCGCCUCCAACAACCUGACUGUGCCCCAGGGACAUGUGGGCUGCCAUACCAGCUUCACAGGGCAAGGAACUAACGCCAGCGAGGCUCCCCCGAGCCGGAUGUCCAUAAUUCAGACAGACAAUUUUCCCGCAGAGCCCAAUUACAUGGGCAGCAGGCAGCAGUUUGUUCAAAGCUCCACGUUCAAGGACCCGGAAAGAGCCAGCUUGAGGGACAGCGGGCAUGGGGACAGUGAUCAGGCUGACAGUGACCAAGACACUAACAAAGGCUCCUGCUGUGACAUGUCUGUUAGGGAGGCACUGAAGAUGAAAACUACUUCAACUAAAAGCCAGCCACUUGAGCAAGCAUUCCCGACUUUGCUUUCCUUUGCUAUCCUCACCCUACACACCAUCACAAGUAGACUUCAGUCUGUUGAUCUGCUUCUGCCAGAACAGCUAGGCAGAGGCCAAAGACCCAUUGUUGGGAUCUGUGGACCAGCCCGCUGUGAGGAAGGAAAAUUUUCAGAACAAGAAGAGUGUGUUAAUUGCACAGAUGAAUGCAGAGUGCUCGGUCAUUCUGACAGGUGUUGGAUGCCACAGUUCCCUACAAACAAUCAGGCUGAAAAUGCAGAUUAUCGCACAAAUCUCUUUGUACCCACAGUUGAAGCUAACGUUGAGACUGAGACUUACGAAACUGUGAAUCCCACCGGGAAAAAGACUUUUUGUACAUUCGGGAAAGACAAGCGAGAGCACACUAUUCUCAUUGCCAAUGUUAAACCUUAUUUAAAAGCCAAACGUGCCCUGAGUCCUCUUCUUCAGGAGGUUCCCUCAGCAUCGAGCAGCCCAACCAAGACAUGCAUUGAGCCUUGCACCUCAACAAAAGGACCACUGGAUGGUUGUGAAGUGAAAUCAGGAGCCUUGGCUGAAUCAAGCAGCCAGUACUUGUCAACUGACAGUCAGUAUCUAUCACCUAGUAAACAGUCAAGAGACACUCCAUUCAUUGCAUCAGAUCAGAUGGCUAGGGUCUUUGCAGAUGUACAUUCCCGAGUGAGCCGAGACUCAAGUGAGAUGGACUCUGUUCUGGAGCAGUUAGACCGUUCAAAUCGGGAUCUAGGGAGAGAGUCAGUGGAUGCAGAGGAAGUUGUGAGAGAAAUUGACAAGCUUUUACAGGACUGUCGUGGAAGUGACCCUGUAGCUGUGAGGAAGUGAAAAAAAAAAGUGUAGGCUGGCACUUACUUGCCUCUUCUGCUUAUCUGGAAAAAAAAAAGAUCGCCCCUGGUUAUAACAGUUUUACAGGGAUGAAGGAAGACCAAUGCUGCUUUAAGGCUUUUAGUGAACGUCUGAAGUGCCCACAAGUAUGUUCUUUUCACUGCUCUUUCUUUUUCACAUAAAAUACUGGUUUCAUUUUGACCAAACUUUCAUUAGGACAGUGUGAAGUACAUUAAGAACCAAGAGAAAGAAGGAAAGACAGUGCCAUUUUGACAAUCUGAUAGGAAGGUAUGAGAAAUGAGGAAUAGAACUACGUCUGAUAUUUUAAGACUGUCCUCAAUAGUUGAUGCUGACUUUACUGUUUACCUAUAAACCCCAUGAAAAGCAGGGUUGAAUCAUUCUGAUCUGUGGUGGAUUUCCAGCAGUCACCACAGGCUUCUACUGAAAGUCCUAAAAAAGAUUUUGUAGUAGUCCAAGCUACACCAAACAUUAACAUUCAUUUGUGGUAAACAUUUCUGUAUAAAAUUAUCUGCCACAAAAAUGAAACAAAAACACAAAAAACAAAAAUCAUUCCAGAUCAUUAUUCAACAAAACAUAUCCUGGUCAUUAGUAACACAACUCAUAUCAUAUUAAAGUUAAAUGUAAAAUGAUAUAGUCCAUUUUGUCCUGCACACACAUAAGCUAAUUCACUUGAUAAAAAGGAAAAAAAAAGGUUUUAAUGCCUAUUUAGCAUUUUAGUGUCCAACAAAAAUAUAAAUAGUUAGCACUAAGUUAGAAACAAACCUGAGGUAUAAUACAAGUUCGCAAAAAUAGUUACCUUUGAAGGGUAAUACGUGAAACAAAAUAACAUUAUUAACACGUUUUUAUUAAUUUGUGGACACUAAAAUAGCUCAGGAAAGUGAAAAUGUCUUAGACAUCUACACAAAUCACAUGACCAUUUAAAUGUGCAAAUGUAAGAAGAUUCAAUGUGUUUACAUCAAAUGACAUAUUUUUAUUGAUUUAUUGCAGAUUCAGUGCAUAUGAGCCAAAUCGUUGAGUGUAUAAGAGCUAUAUUGUGUAUUUUAUUAAAUUAAUAUAUAGUUGUGUUGCAAAAAUAUUUGGGCUUAUAUUGUAAAUGGCAAGUGUUGCCUCAGUAGCUGUCGAACUCUAUGAGUUUUGUUUUCUCCUGCUUCCUUUUCCCCAUGGAGUGUGGGAAGCAGAGCCUCAGAGCAAAGUCUCUUGUUUAAUGUAUGGUCUACAAAGUACUUCAGUACAUAAUCUGUUCAGAAUGUGUUUGAGUGAGCUGAUGGAGCUAACUGAACGGCCUACAAAUACAACUAUCAGUCAUGGUUAUGUGCAAAUCCUUCUAUUGCAAACCUAUGUUUAAUAACAAAAAUUACACUUGAACCAACACCUGAAACCUCCUUGUUUUUUUCCAAGCACAUAUGCAGACAGUCUGUUAGGUAACACAUUCUUGGUUGAAAUCACAACUGAUCCUAAUAUUUAAUGUUUUAUGCUACUGUUAAGUUCCUCGAGUAUAAAAAUGUGUCAGAGCCUGUGUGGUAAAGCGCUGUUUUUUCUGGUUUCUUGGAAAGUGCUAUGGUUUACAAAGGUUCUGGGUGCAGGCUGCUUAUUUUUUAUUUGUUUUUUUAACUAUUAUUUUAAGUUGCUUUGUUACCGCCUUGGAAUAAUUUACAAGAGAAUGUCUCUCUCUCUCUCUCUUUCUCUCUCCCUCCUCUCCCCCUCCCCCCUUUUAACGUCAACCCUUUAGAGAGUUUGGCAAACUUCAAAAUGGCUUCUAGAUGAAAAGCUGAAAAAAUACACAUUUAAAUAUUCCCUUAAAAUGAAACUAGCACAAGCACAAGAAGCAGCAGAGGAAAAGUUUAGACUAAAAUUUUCCUCUAGGUAUUUUAAAUACUCUCUAUGACAUAGCACCAUGAAACACAGUGAUAAAAAAUUGUUGAUCUGCAUUACACUAAAUUUAAACUGUCAUAUUUUUAAAUGUAUUUAAAAGAGUGAAUUUAAUUCAGGUUGGCCAUUUCAGAUCCCACAAGGCCGUACUUAAAUAAUAUUCAUCAGUUCAAGAAACAGAGUUGACCAACAUCUGGCUGUGAUGUUGUGUAUUCCGUGAUAAAGGUGUUCUCAUCUAGUCAGACCUACAAUGAAUUGUCUUUGGUUCUUGAAAAGCAGCCAUUACAAAAGUUUGCUCUCAGCUUCCAUUGUACAGAAAGUCUACAAUCAUAUGUAAACAAAGGAUAUUGUACAUGUUUUAUCAAGCUACUCUCCAUAUUUUGGACAAUUUGUGUAUCUAAAAUGUGUUGUUGUCUGUGUACUACAGUAUUAUUUUGCCAAGAGAUUGAAAGUUGAUUUUGCUUGAUAGCUAAAAUUCCAGAGAGGAUCCCUUUUUGUUUUGUCUGUCUUUUAUCCUUGUUUCCAUGGUGCCCAUCACUUUAGUUUAUGAGCACCAAGCUUUUAGUUCAGCCAGUGAGAUCCAUGAUUCAGAUAAACCUAAAUCAGUAUGUAAAUGCAGUCAAGUGAUGGAGGCUUCUGUAUUUUAUAAACAAUUUUAACAUUCAGAAACCAAUUGUACAAUUCACUGUAUGUGUCUGAAGACAUAAAAACACAACAUUUUGAGAACGGGCUGUGCCAGUGUAAAAGAAAUUUACCUUAAGGCUCUCUGUCACUAGUGAUUUACUAGCUUGAGCUGUUUAACACAUUAUCUGUAUUUAGUAGUUAUUAUUUAUUUACCAGUCUGAGGUAAUUCGAAAUUCAUGACUCACAGCUUUAGAGCUGAGUUUAGCAAAUCUUGCUUUUAUAUAAUUUGUCCAGCAACUGCCUUGUGUUGCAGAUCUUUGGCAUAUUGCUUCCAAUGAGGCUGUCCCGGAAUAUGAUAUCUGCGUCAUAAUUUAGGAGUCACCUGUCACUGCUGUUGAGACAUCAUGAUCAACUGAUAAAGUUUACAUGGGGGGAGGUUUUGAGGGUUAAGUUAGCAUCUGUGUGAUUAAGUGAAGGAGAUACCACACAUGGGAGAAGUAAAAUAUAACUGUUUAUCCUUCAACCUCCUUGCAAACAACUGGAAACAACCCAGCAAUUAAAACUAAAGCCCAUGGAUUAUUUCUUGCCUUUUUUACAUACAUAAGGCAGAUUUUAAAAGUGACUUUUAAUACUAAAUGAAAACUUCCACCAGACAAUUGUAAAAAUAAUUAUUGUUACAAGGGGAAAUCCAUUAAGCAACUAAUAAAGAUGUGUGAAAUAUGAGUGGAGAGGAAUGGAUGUCUAUGCCACUUGUAUAUUAACCAAAGCAAAUAAUAGAGUAAUAUUUCCUAUGAUUUCCGAAAAUGUUGACCAACCAAAUCAUAAACAACUGAAUUCAAAAUCAGUUAGAAAAUUUACUUUUUUCUAGGCCUGUCCUACAGAAGAGAACUUCUCUUGAAAUGUGAUUUGCCAUGAGAGCACACAGGAGAUUGUCCAUUUAGAAAUAUGACCAUUAAAAAGUCAUGCAGAUGCUAGUGAUGGAGCUCAAUGCUUUAUUCAAACUAGCUUUCCAGCUGUUUGUUGCCUAAUGGAGUAGAAAUGCUGAGGUCAACAAGUAGUCUGAAGUCUGGCAUAUUAUACGCCCACUCAUUAUUGUCUAAUUACAUUCUUUUGACACCAGGCAGCAUUUAUCAGUGCAUUAAUUCAAAUGGGAGUUUUGGCUAUCAAGAUUUGUUGAUUUGAAGUGUAAUUGAAUGAAACCUGAUUAAGGUCUUGACUUCUCUGGCCCCAUUGUUCCACAGGUUGGCAGUUCACAUUUAUCAACCCUUGUCUCCCCAUAUGGCUAAGAGCUGCACCAAGUGAUUGGUGAACAACACUACAAAAACAAAAGCAGCAUACGUUGUAUGGAUUAUCUCAACCGCUAUUGUUUAAUGGCUGUGUUUAAUGUGACCUAUCUGGAAAAUGAGGACUACGAAUAAAAAGCAAUUACUAAUA